AUGGAUCAACAGGGUCAAUCCGGGGUUCCCGGCCCGGCUGGCCGCAAGCUCCAUAUCGCUCAUCGGAGAAGCCCGUCGGAACUCACUCCCCUCAUGAUGGAACAACUGGCUAUUCAGCAACAGAUCGAGCUGCUCCAACAGCAGCAGCAACAAAUUGCCGCCACGCAUCAACAGUAUGUCAACAUGGGACUGUUACAACCGCAGCAGCUGGGUCAGGUCUCGGGAUUCUCUCCUUCGUUGCAAGGCGGCGGUGCGUCCGUCGGUGGCGUUUCCCCUCAGAUCAAUGCCUUCCAAUUCCCCCAGCUUGCCCAGCAGCAGCUCGGUCAGCAGCAACAGCAGCAGCAGCUUGGCGUGCCGAUGAACACCUCGAAUCAGCAUUCCCAUCGGCGCAAUCAAUCGGCACUUCCGGGUCUUGGUAUGGGUCCUCCUCCCGCCCCGUCCUCGGGAGCAUCCGGAUACUCCGACUUUAACCAGCAACAACAACAACAAAACUCCCAGCCCAAGAAUGAGAAUGGCAACCACGGCCGCAGUCGGGGACCCCCCGGCGGUGGCGGUCACCAGCGUCGUCACUCCCUGGCCCUUCCCGAGGCGAAGAAGGCGGCCGAGCUGGCUCAGCAGAAGAGGACCGCGUCCGGUUUCCAAUUCCCCGGACCCAACGCCGGCGGCGAGUCGUCCGAUAAUACGGCCAACUCCGACGACAGGUCGACCCCGCUUAACACGCAGGCACCCCAGGGCUUGGGAUUCCAGCGUGCGGGUAACGUUCGGGCCGGCGGCGGUCACGGCCGCAGCCAGUCGAUGGCCGUGGGCGGCAACCGAGGGUCGUUGUCGGGUCGCGGUGCUGGAGGUUUCCAAUUCCCCGGCCCCAGCGACGGAUCGACCGGGUCGGAGAACCAGCGACGAGGCAGCCAGGCCGGCGGUCAUGCUCGAUCCGGAUCCAGGAACUUCGACAGCAACUGGCGUCAGCCGAACAACCAGGGCCAGGGUCAGGAUCAGCAGAAGGGCUUCGGCCAGCAGAGCGGUGGUUUCCAGCCCGGUCACCGUGCCCGUGCCUCCAUGAACCAAUCCAUCGGCUCCAUCGGUUCCUUCCAGUACCCCAACCAACCCCAGCUCAUCCAGCUCCCCCAGGGCCAGGUGGUCAUGGCCUCCCCCCAGAUGUUUGGCGGUAACCAGCAAAUCAAUCCCUUGCAGCUGGCUCAACUGCAGGCUCUGCAGCAGAACGGACAGCUCAACAACCAGGGCCUGGGUCUCCAGGCCAGCCAGCAUGCUCCUCCCCAGGUGUCUCCCCAACAGCAGCAGCAACAGCAACAGCAGCAACGGAAGACGCUCUUCACUCCUUAUCUGCCUCAGGCCAACCUUCCCGCCCUGCUGAGCAACGGCCAGCUGGUGGCCGGUAUCCUGCGGGUCAACAAGAAGAACCGUUCCGACGCGUACGUGACGACUCCGGACCUUGACGCGGAUAUCUUUAUCUGUGGAAGUAAGGACCGUAACCGUGCGCUGGAGGGUGACUACGUCGCCGUGGAGUUGCUGGAUGUCGACGAGGUGUGGUCCCAGAAGAAGGAGAAGGAGGAAAAGAAGAAGCGCAAGGACAUCACCGAUGCUCGGUCGGGCAGCAACGCCGGCGGAGACAAACUCUCACGCUCCGACUCCGGCCCCAAUGGCGACCGUCAGGAGGUCGGACCCGACGGUAGCAUCCGCCGCCGCGGCAGUCUUCGCCAGCGUCCCACGCAGAAGAAGAACGAUGACGUCGAGGUGGAAGGUCAAAGCCUUCUCCUGGUCGAGGAGGAUGAGAUUAGCGACGAACAGAAGCCCCUCUACGCCGGUCAUGUCGUGGCCGUGAUUGAACGAGUUGCCGGACAGAUGUUCUCCGGAACCCUUGGACUCCUCCGUCCCAGUAGCCAGGCGACGAAGGAGAAGCAGGAGGCGGAGCGGCUGGCCAGAGAUGGUGCACACGGCCGCCCCCAGCAUGACCGUCAUCAGGAUAAGCCCAAGAUUGUCUGGUUCAAGCCCACCGACAAGCGUGUUCCUCUCAUCGCCAUCCCCACCGAACAGGCCCCGCGCGACUUCGUCGAGAAGCACCAGGACUAUGCCAACCGUAUCUUCGUUGCUUGCAUCAAACGGUGGCCCAUCACCUCCCUGCAUCCGUUCGGAACUCUGGUGGAGCAGCUGGGUGAGAUGGGUGAUCUGAAGGUCGAGACCGAGGCGCUCCUCCGCGACAACAACUUCGGCUCCGACGAGUUCUCGGACGCUCUUCUAAAGAGCAUUGGCUGGGAGGACUGGUCCGUCGCUAGCCAAGGCGAGGCUCUUCUGGCUUCCCGCCGUGACUUCCGCCAGGAGGUUACGUUCACCGUCGAUCCCCAGGGCACCAAGGAGCUGGAGAACGCCUUCCAUUUCAAGACUCUUCCUGACGGCAAGGUCGAAAUCGGUGUUCACGUCGCGGAUAUUGCCCACUUCGUUAAGGCCAAUUCUCUGGUGGAUCGCGAGGCCAAGAAGCGUGGCACGGCCGUUUACCUUGUCGACCGUCUCGUCAACCUGUUGCCCCAGCGUAUCUCCACCGACCUUUGCUCCUUGCUGCCCGGUGAGGACCGUUUGACCGUCAGCGUUGUUUUCAAGGCCAACCCGGAGACUGGUGUCGUUGACGACGAUGUCUGGAUCGGUAAGGGUAUCAUCAAGAGCUCGGGUCGCUUGAGCUAUGAUGAAGCGGAUGCCGUUAUCAAGGGUACUUCGGAGGUCGCUUCGCCUGAAAUCAAAGCCGACACUAUUCGGGCACUUUACGCUGUGUCUUCGAAGUUCCGCGAAGCAAGAUACGGAAACCGCACUUCGCAGCUGCCCCCUCUUCGCCUUCUGUACCAGAUGGACGAUGAGAACGUGCCGGUUCGCUACAACAUCUUUGACGCAUCCCCCGUGCAGGAGCUAGUAGAGGAGCUGAGUCACAAGGCAAACUUCUUCGUUGCCCGCAAGAUUGUGACUGCGCUGCCCGACAAGGCUUUCUUGCGUCGUCAGCCCUCUCCCAACGCGCGCCGUCUCCAGACCCUGGUUGAGCGCAUGAACAGACUUGGCUUUGGCUUGGACCCCACCAGCAGUGGCACCCUGCAGAGCAGUCUCUGCAAGGUCCAAGACGACAACCUGCGACAGGGAAUGGAAACACUCCUUGUGAAAGCAAUGCAGCGUGCCAAGUACUACGUUGCCAGCCCUCAGGAUGAGCAGCGUCAGCACUUUACUCUCAACCUCCCGGUGUACACCCACUUCACCAACCCUUCCCGACGAUAUGCCGAUAUCAUUGUCCACCGCCAGCUGGAGGCUGCUCUCUCUGACGGAGCGGUUGAGUUCUCCGAAGACUUGGAGUCUCUGAACAAGACCGCGGAUCUGUGCAACAACAAGAAGGAUUCGGCCCACAACGCCCAAGAGCAGAGCGUUCACAUCGAGGCUUGCCGGGAAAUGGACAAGAAGCGCCAGGAUAUUGGCGGCGACCUGAUCAGCGAGGGUAUCGUCCUUUGCGUCUACGAGUCCGCCUUCGACGUUCUCAUCCCAGAAUAUGGGUUCGAGAAGCGUGUCCACUGUGACCAGCUACCUCUGAAGAAGGCCGAGUUCCGCAAGGACAGCCGUACUCUGGAGCUCUACUGGGAGAAGGGUGUGCCGUCCUCAGCGUACAUCCCCGAAGACGAACGGCCGAAGCCUGCAAACUCCCGUGCUGCCCAGGCUGCCGCAGCCGCGCGUGAAGCAGAGGCUGCCAGAGAGCGUGCGCGCGAGAGGGAGGAGAACAUGCGCAAGCAGACCGAGACCGGUACCAUGUCCGCCGACGAUGUGGACGCUCUUUUCGAUGACGACGACGACGUCUCCGAGGUUACCGAGAUGGCCGCUGGCGUGUCGUUGAACUCGGCCGCCGAUCGCUCCACUCAGAGCAUGCCCCCGUCCCCUACCCGCAACGGGCACCUCCAGCAGGCCCCUCACCGCACCCGCUCGGAUCCCAAGAUCGCCACCAUCUCCGGCGAUGCUCCCGAGGCCAAGUUGACCAACAAGGAGAAGUACCUGCGGCUGUUCAAGCUGCGCGAGGAGGAUGGAGAGCACAUCCAGGAUGUCACCGAGAUGACCCGUGUUCCCGUUAUUCUUAAGACUGACCUGAGCAAGAGUCCUCCAUGCCUCACUAUCCGCUCCGUCAACCCCUACGCUUUGUAG